AUGGCACCCGACAGGACUGGAAAGAGUGUUUUCCUUGGGAAUAUACCUUACAACCUCACCGAAGAACAAGUGAAAGACAUCCUCAGCUCGGCCGGUACCGUAACGAAAUUCAGACUAAUGAUAAACCCGGAGACGGGAAAGCCAAAAGGAUAUGGAUUUGCAGAUUUUGCAGAUGCUGAUUCUGCGGCUUCAGCUGUUCGGAACUUGAACGAUUACGAAAUUAUGGGCCGCAAGAUACGGGUCGACUGGCCACACAACAACGAGAAGGAUUCUGUACCUUUAGACUACUCGCAACAGGGUCAGAUGAACGUCCAAGGCCAAGAUGGACAAACCGGAUAUCCAACACAAGCUCCCCUCUUACCUUCUUUGCCUCCGGGUACGGAUUUGCCGCCAAAUCUGACAUGCCCCAAUGCCAUUUCGCAAACCCUCUCAACGCUCCCUGCGCCCCAACUGCUCGAUGUCCUCGCCCAAAUGAAAUCGUUGGCCAUGGCUGACCCGGCUCGAGCCACCGAGCUUUUAAGGCAAGCGCCACAGCUCGCUUACGCGAUAUUUCAAGCGCUUCUCCUGAUGAACCUGGUCGACUACGGUGCUUUGGGCUCCGUUGUCGAACAAGCUACUCAACCUCAGCCCCAAGUUCCCACUCCGCAAACGCAACCGGCUUCCAACAUUUCGCAACAGUACCCGUCAUACCCCCCUAUUCCAGGCCAGAUAUCGACCCCGCCUGUUCAUGGUACCCCAUUCGUUCCGCCCCCACCGCAACCGCAACCACAAGCACCCCAGCUCCCUCAGAUGGCUGGGCAAGAAGAGCUUUUACAGCAGGUUUUGAGUAUGCCGCAGGCCACCAUUGAUGCUCUACCGCCUACAGAACGAAGUCAAAUAAUGCUACUAAGGCAGCAACUGUUACAAGGAGGGAUGAGAUAG